ACAAAGUGGAACAAUAUGGAAGACGGCCGCCAUUUUGGCAUGUGAUUGAGCUAAUCCGCUCACUCCAGCUUUACCUGUGCGCGAGCGGCACGAUUACGUCAUGGGAAGCACCUGUUUGUGGGGCGGAGUCAGCAUUCCGCGGAAACUGAGGAAGGACAAGGCCCUACAGCAGCAUCAGCUGGGGGAUCAAGCAGAAAAGCUUCACUUCGACCUGUGCUUUUCUCAGGGAAACGUCUAUUAUACUUUAUAUUUAUUUUUGUUUUGGUAGUUUUCGCUUUCUUGUGUGCAUUUAGGGUCAGGUUUAAAUAAACACGUCUCGUCUGGGGAAGUCGAGCACAAUGAAAACACUGAUAGUAGCGGCGGUGUUUCUCAGCUUUCUGCUUUCAGUGUUUUCAGUUGAGGUGACGGUGCCUCAGACGCAGUACAGCACAGGUCUCUUUGUCCCGGUCACGCUGCGCUGUGACUAUUCCACAUCAGCUAGUCUUCAGAACGUGCUGGUCACCUGGCUCUACAAGUCUUUCUGCAAAGACCCGGUGCUGGACUACUACUCCACAGCCUACCAGUCAGCUCUGCAGCUGGGUCAGGACCCAUCCAAUGACUGCCCAGACAGCCAGCGCAUCGUCCGGACUGUGGCUCAGAAACAUGGUGCCAACGAGCCCACGCUGGGUCCAGAAUACAGCGGACGCAGAAUCACCAUCCAGAACAAGGCAGACCUGGUAAUCACAGAGGUGAAGUGGUGGGACAACGGUGUCUACGUGUGCUCUGUCGAUGCUGCUGGAGACACAAGUGGAUUCCCAAACAAAUACAUCAAGCUCAUUGUUUAUAAUUGGCUGACUGUGAUCUUCAUGAUCAUUGGGGCCUUCCUCCUCAUCAUCCUCCUUUGUGUUUGCUGCUGCCAGUGUUGCCCUCAGAGAUGUUGCUGUUAUGUCCGCUGCCCUUGCUGCCCACAAACCUGCUGCUGCCCUGAGAAAUUGGUGAUGCAGCACAGGCUGAUGAAGGAGGCCCAGAAGGCCUGGGGUAUGGGACAGCCGCUCUACGCACCCCUGAGCACUCACAGCUCUGCAUACCAAAUGAAUCCCAUGAUGUAUGCAGGUUCAGCAUCAGGAAAGAUCCCCAUGUCUCCCAUUCCUCCCAUGCCUCUCCCACCUCCUGCCCAUUUUGCCCCAACACCUGUCCCUAUGCCUGUUUCUAUGUCUGCCCCCAUGCACAUGACAAUGCCGCCACCCAACAUGCACGGCAGGGACAGUGCCAACAAAGUGCUGGAUUACCUGGAGCACCAGGUAAGGGAUAUGGACGUUACUAACCCCAUGAUCCCACCUCCGCCUGCGCACAUGGUCCACAAUGUGCCUUUCUCCGCCGGCCCACCCAGCAUGCUGUCUGGGCUGGACGAUGGCCCUGCCUCCCGCCGGCACCACCCUGGACAAUCCAGUGGCUCAUCCAGCUACAAUCGCAACCGCCAGCCUCCUCCAACUCGCCGCACUAUGACACGCAGUUACAGUCAGGAAGAUGUGCUGGACACUCGGAGCCAAGUGACUUAUCGGCCUCGCUCACGUUCCAGAGAGGACCUGCUAGAGAGCAGUAGAGGAUACUACGACUCUUCCAAUGAGUACAAUGACAGGCGAGCAGGUGGAUCUAGAGGCGGAGCUCGGGGUGGGGCCAGAGGCGGAGCCUGGACUGACUAUCCACCCAGCUACAGCGAGUUCGAGCCAGGCCAGAAGCCAACAAGGCGGCCUGAACGCUUCUCUGGUAAAAGCUCAGUGAGUGGUACGAGUGUAGUAAUCUGAAGAGUGUCUGCCUUCCACCAUUAUGGAGACUUUCCUGAAUGCAAGUGCCAAGGACAGCACUGUAUAGUGAAUAGUAUGAAGUUAGAUGCAUCAUUGAAGGUUUUUAUGGUUUUAACGAUUUUGAAGAAAUAUUUGAUCGGGCAUGAGCAACACCCUUUGCCCUAUUCUAAAGAAUUUGACAUCCUAAAGAUUCUGAUAAAGAUCUGAUAAAGGGAGUUUUUUGUUUUCUUUUCCCUUGAUCAGUCGAGUCAUUUUUAUAUAAAUAAAAGCAUCUGAGCCCUUUAUUUCCAAUUUGAUCUCAAGUGAAGCCUAGUGAAGUUCAGGACAACGUGAUUCAGUGGCCUGAAACCUGAGUCUGGGGAUUUUAUGAAUGUGGUUUAUAAUGUGUAGCUGUUACUCAUUUAUUAGUCCAUGAUGCCAUGCUUCUUUACCAGCUGUAUAUAAUGGAAGCUUUUUUUUUAAUUUUCGAAGGGCACAUCAUGAUUUUAAAGCUUUUUGUUUACAUCAAUAUAUGAAUCUCAUGUAUGUAUAUAUUUGAAAUGUAUUUAUUCUUGAAAGAAGUUUCUUUUAAAAUGCCUUGAAAGCACACUGUAAGUAAAAAAAAAUGUCUUUUUUAUUAUUAUUUCCUUAACAGUUAGAUAACAGUAAUGCUUUUCUUUGGUUAUUCUUGUGAAGCAAAGGUGAAGUGAUCCUAAUUGGUAAAUCCUUGGGUAUCUGUUCUUUACCUUUUUUGUAUUUUUAUUUUAUUUUUAUUCCGAAACUUUAUUUGUUCUUAACGUGUGUGUGAAUAAUCUUUUCGUUCCUAUAUAUUUUUUUAUUUUUAACGAAGACAGAUUUUGCAUAUAAUGUUGACUAAUCUGACCUAAGCUGGAUGAAAAAUGUUAAAAAAUUAAGAAACAAAAAAUGUUUGAAUUAUUUCAGAAGCGGAUUAUUAACGUGGUGGACGGAUACAUUUUUUAAUAAAUGUACUUUAAAUAAAAAUUGUCAUUGUCCUGUAUGUCUUUAAUAACGUUGUAAUUAAAUAUAAUGGUCCCUUAUGUUCUGAACAGAUAUACAGCUCUGUUCAAAAUAAUCAGUUUCUUAUGUUUUUUUUUUUUUCAAGGUUCAUGUAUUGGUGAGAUGAACAGUUUUGUUUCAUUUUUUGUGAGCUGACAAUAUUUCCUCUAAAUUCAAAAUAUAACUAUUGUUAUUUAGAGAGUAUAUUUAAAGGAAAUGACAACACAUCAAAAUAACCCAAGAUCAUGCAGUAUCUGCAGAGCUUUAAUAACUCAAAUAAAACAAAAUGUAAAUUGUGUUAAUGCUUUGGCUAAAUAAUAUUAAGAAAUCAGUAUUUGGUGGAAUAACCCUGAUUUGCAUGUGUUUUGGCUCCAUGAUCUCCACCACAUUGCUGUUGGGGGAACUUUAUACCACUCUUUUUGCAAAAAUAAAAGCAAACAGCUCAGCUUUGCUUGAUGGUUUGUGAUCAUCCAUCUUCCUCUUGAUGACAUUCCAGAGGUUUUCAAUAGGGAUCAAAUCUGGAGAUUGGGCAGUGGUGUCUUAUUAUUUUCCCAGAGCUGUAUAUAUUGAUGUGUGUGUGUUGCACAUUCACUUUGUAGGAAGCAAAUCAC